AUGGCGGCCCAAACCCUAAGCCCCCUCCACCACCCCCUCCAACACCUCAAACCCAGAACUGUAGGUACCCAGACCUUAACUCCAAAACUCAAGUGUAACCGUAUUAUCGUAACCUCCAAGCUCCGAGCGGCCGUGAUCGGCGGAGGUCCUGCGGGAUCCUCCGCUGCCGAGGCCUUGGCUACAGGCGGAAUCGAGACGUUUCUCUUUGAGCGCAGUCCCGAAGCCGCCAAGCCAUGCGGCGGCGCCAUUCCUCUCUGCAUGCUCGAUGAAUUCUCCAUCCCACAUCACCUAAUUGACCGGAAAGUCACCCACAUGAAAAUCAUUUCUCCCUCGAAUCUCACCGUUGAUUUUGGCAAAACCCUGAAGUCCCACGAGUUCAUCUCCAUGCUCCGCCGUGAAGUACUGGAUAAUUUCCUCCGCCUCCGCGCCGAGAGUCGCGGCGCCAACCUUAUCAAAGCCCUCGUCACUCAUAUUGACGUCCCAACCUCAAAUAAUUCGCCCUAUAUUAUUCAUUAUAUAUUAAACAACACCCUAAACACCCUCUCCGUCGAUGUGAUUGUUGGGGCCGACGGCGCCAAUAGCCGUGUGGCAAAAGCCAUAAAAGCGGGAACAUACAGAUGCGCAAUCGCCUUUCAAGAGAGGAUCAAAUUACCAGAGGAAAAAAUGGCUUAUUACGAAAAUCUCGCCGAAAUGUACGUUGGUAACGACGUAUCACCCGAUUUUUACGCCUGGGUUUUCCCCAAGUGCGACCACGUAGCUGUCGGCACCGGAACUGUGUGCUCCAAAGAGAACAUCAAAACGCUACAGCGUGGUAUCAGAGCAAGAGUGAACGCAAAAAUCGAAGGCGGGACUAUUAUCAAAGUCGAGGCCCAUCCAAUACCCGAGCACCCACGUCCAAUCCGUGUUCGUAACCGAGUUGCUCUAGUCGGAGACGCAGCAGGGUACGUGACAAAGUGCUCCGGCGAGGGGAUAUAUUUCGCAGCCAAGAGCGGACGAAUGUGCGGGGACGCGAUCGUGAGAGCCUCGGAAUUCGGUAACAGGAUGAUCAGUGAAGAGGAUUUGAAAAGAGAGUAUUUGAGAAAAUGGGAUGAUGAGUAUAUUACUAUGUUCAGAUUCUUGGACUUGUUGCAGAAAGUGUUCUACGGGAGCAAUGCAGGUAGGGAGGCAUUGGUGGAACUGUGUGGCAAUGAGUAUGUGCAGAGGAUGACAUUCGAGAGCUAUUUGUACAAGAAAUUGGCAGGUGGGAAUAGGUGGGAGGAUUUGAAGAUGGCGAUGAAUACAAUUGGUAGCUUGAUUAGGUGUAAUCUUGUUGGGAGGGAAAUGGAUGAAUUUGAUAAACGAAUUCUUGCUCAAAUCUAG